AUGCGUGCUGUUCCCAUUCGUAGCCAUUGCCUUCCCACGCCAUUCAAGUCGACCGAAUCUCACAUCACAUCGUCCCCCGUCCACCUCCCGCGUCUGACCCCCCCAGUAUCGCGGUGGGGUCAGCAACGCGCGCUCAAGGCGGCACUGCUGGCGGCGCUGGGCGCGGCGUGCUGCAUCGCGUUUCUGCGCGCCGGCCUGCCGUUUCGCGGCCAGUCGACGCACGCAGACGAGGACUCGUUUUUCCAAGUAAUUGCUCGUCUCUCUUCACUCGUCUGCGCACAGCCCCCCACAUUUCCAUCUCCUUCGCCUCCCCUCCUGUUCCAUGUGCAACCCUCUCCUCGCUCUGCCCCACCUCUCCGCACUCAGCCUCACAUCUCCCCCUUCUGCCCCAGCUCCCCUCUCCUGCCUCACCUCUCCGUUGGCUUCCCCGCCUGCCUCCGCGCCCAUUAUCUUGACCACAGGCGGACGAGGGUGGUCAAGCGGGUGGCGUGGAGGAGGAUGGGUGGCCGCUCCAAAUGCCUCCUUUUGUUCAUGCAUGCUUUUCGUGCUAACCUGCCCGCCAUCUGCUCUACUGUGUGCGCAGCCGGCAGAGGAGGGGAGGACCAGGGGGGCUAUUUGGUGGUGCAGCUGGCAGGGGGGCUCAACCAGAUGCGCGCAGGGGUGGGUGGGGGGCUCUCAACCCCUCGUUUCCCAGCCUCGUUCUCAUGCUCGCUCCCUCCCGCCCCUGCUCUCACUCACAUCUGUGACGCGGUGGUGGUGGCAAAGCUGCUGGGAGCGUCGCUGAUGCUGCCGUUGUUGGAUAACUCCUCCUGGUGGGCCGACGGCAGCACAUUUGCGGACGUGUUUGACGCGGGGCACUUUGCGCGGGUGCUGGCGCCGUGGGUGCGCGUGGUGGACCGCCUGCCCUCCGCGCUGCGCCACCGCCCCCCCCUCGACCGCACCGUGCCGCGCGGCUCCACUGCUGAGUACUACGAGACACGCGUCAGAGCGAUGAUCAGAAAGGCGCAGGUGCUGAAGCUGAACCAUUUCGAUUCCAGGCUGCAUGAUGACCUCCCGUUACACCUGCAGAAGCUGCGCUGCGUGGCAAACUACGAGGCGCUGCACUUCGUGCCGGCGGUCACGCAAGCCGUCACGCGCCUCACCCACGCGCUCACCCACCCCUCCGCCACAGCCGCCACCACUGCCCUUGACCCCGCUGCUCAGGCCGGCGGUGCUGCAGCAGCAGCGCAAGGCACACAAGGGCAGCGGGGAGAGAGGGAGCAGGUUGAGGGAGGGAUGCAGGCGAAGGGGAAUGGUGGGGUGGUCAAGUAUGUCGCGAUUCAUCUGAGGUACGAGCCGGACAUGCUGGCAUUCACGGGGUGCGAGUACGAGGGGGGCGCGGAGGAGAAGGUGCUGUUUGAGUCCAUUCGACAGCGCUGGGCCAACCUGCCCGCCAUGGACGCUGAGAAGCAGAGAGCCAAGGGCAUGUGCAUCGUCACCCCCUCCCAGGUGGCAGUGGCCUUGCAGGCGCUGGGCUUGCCACCGUCCACGCGCGUGUACAUCGCGUCGGGGGCACUGCACGGUGGGGCGGCGGCGCUGCAGCCGCUGCUGCACGCCUACCCCUUCACCACGGACAAGCACUCCCUCGCACACUCCCACGCCAUGGCCCACGCCCGCACAGGGGGGCGCGACGAUGACGACGAUGAGGGGGAUGAGGCAUGGGGUGCGGGUGGGGGCGGGAGCAGGGAAGAGGGGGUGAGGGGGGAGGGGGGAAGGGCGUUGGCAGGGGUGGAGGGGCGCAAGACGCUGCUGGCGGCGGUGGACUAUGAGAUGUGUCGCGGGGCAGCGCUGCUCGUCACCAACAACAAUGGCAACAUGGCCCACCUGCUAGCGGGCCACAGAAGGUACAACGGGGUGGGCGGCACGGUGCACCUCUUUGGCUCCUCCAUCCACCGCCUCCUUGCUGCCAUCCAACAUGGGGAUCACGAGGCUUCUCAGAAGCUUCGCAAUCGACUGCUCAAGGGCGACCUGAGCAGUGAGAGGGAGAGCAAUGAGAAGGCUGCAGCGAGAGGAGGGUUUUACGCAUUUCCACGGGAUUGUGCAGGUGUUGGGGAAGGGGAGCUUGGGGCACAUAUGCAGGUGGCGUGUGCGCCGCACACAGCCUAUAGCACUCGUGGGGAGAAGGGCAGUCAGCAGCUGAUUCGGAGCGAGAACGCCUCGUGUGUGCCAUGA